AUGAAGGCCGUUUUAAUUUUUGAUACCGUAAAUGACUUACUUUUUUCGAAGUGGGAUGAAAACUUUAUACAGCGUAUGAAAUCUUUCAAUGGUCAAGAAAAAGAUGUAAAUAUUACUGACAGUCAUCAUGUGUCUCAAUUGCUGUCUCCAAUUAUAACUUCUCAACGUGUAAUGGCAGCUCAAUUCAGUAACACCUAUACAUCAAUGCAAUGUAAGGAUAAAACAACAAUUGUAUUUGAUGAGUGGCUUGAUCAUGUUUUCAUGAUAAUUAGUGAAGACGAAGUUGAUGAAGCACAUCGGGAAUUACUUGACUGUAAAACACUUGUACAGCACAUCUGUGGACAGAAUAUAAACCUGUUACAUUCAUCUAUAUACCAGGAUUGGUUGUCAGCGCUCCUAGAAAGUCGUGGAAAAGGUGAUUCGAUACCGGGUGCCAGUGGAGUGAUUGGAGAAAGUGGAGCAACAGGAGCAGCUCUUAAUGCCUUAAAGUCUAUCUCGAAGGAAAUAAAAUGCUCUCCUCAUAAUCACUAUCAUCUUGUGUUGUUUGUGGGUGAUAAGAUGUUAGCUUUGUAUUCUAGUCGUGGUUGUGAAGAUCUGAUGCCUCCAGAUGUGAUACUACUUAGUAUCCAAUGCAUAGCUGCUCAAGAAUACUGGCGAGAAUUAAGAGAACUAGAUAAUGGUGCUCAUUGUGAUAAUUCACACUUACCGUGGCUGUCUGAGGAAAACAGUGCUAUAGUGAACCUCUGUGCUGGAUUAACGGGAGCCCCUUGUGCCCCACACUCCUUACAUCUUGUGGAAAUUGCCCCACGGAUUGUGUUUGCAGUUCUAAUUGAUAUGGAAUUAAGAGAUAUCGGUAUUGCAGUUCACUUAUCAAGUCAAAUUUUGUCAAAUUUGCGAAGAAUUUUAUUACAGCGAAACUUAGAACUGUUACCUAAUACACUUGAUUCUUUAGAAGUUGCGUUAAAAAAGACAACAGAUGCACUAAAAAAAAAUAAAGCUCACUCCACACUCUGCUCUCGAGUUACAAGCAGAAUGUUGGAAUUACGCAAGUCUUGUACUACGACUACACCUUUGACACCAGAGACAACGGCAACAGCUAUGCGCACGGCCUUAGAAGCGGUUAUAGAACAACUGAAACCAGAUAUACCGAGUUUAAGAUUGGAGCCAUCUUUGAAAGAGCUUAAGAACCUUCUGGCACCCUACAUGGAUUUUCUCCGUGCUAAAGCGAUGCGAUACUUCAAUUUGGGAUCGUAUCCUUUGGUCGGGUCGGGCGGCUCGCUGGCGCACAAGUACGUGGAGGAGUUCCCCGGCCUCGUGCACUUCGUGUUCGCCGACCGCACCGCCGCGCGCUGCCUGGCGCCCGACAUGGCGGACUGCGUCGACAUGCUCACCGCCGACACCGUACGCAGCAUCGUGCGGACGUCGUCGCGCGUGCUACGCGAGGGCUACGGCGCGGCGGCGUGGCGGCGCGGCGCGCUGCACGUGUGCGCGCUGCGCUGGUUCGAGAGGAGGGGGGCCGCCGCGCGCCCCGCCGCGCCGCCGCACCCCGCCGCCGUGCGCGCGCUGCCGCCGCCCGCAGACAUCCGCGCCGCCUUCUACAGACAACUAGUAGAGAUAGCGUUCCCCAACGACAGCCAAGGCGUGAGCGUCAAGGAGUUGAUCUGCAUACACCUGGGCUUGGUGCCCGCGUCCACCGCAGUGCAACAAGCGCGACGCUUGGCACAUUCUGUCUAUGAACUCACUGGGGAAAACAGCGCUUUUGCGUCGGAUUUACUUUAAAUUUUCAUAGUUAAUGAUUAAGGCAAAGUUACUACUUCAGACUUUACUCGUCAUAAAAUCUUCUUUAUACGAGUAGGUAUAACAUUUUUGAUGCUAGGUGGAUUAGAUUUUUGUCACAAUAUGUAUGAUAUUAAUCAAUUAUUGUUAAUGAUUCUUGAUAUUAUUCCGUUACUAUAAAUACUAACAAUUAGUAACGAAAUUUGAACGCAUCAUAAAAAAUACCUGAAUUUUUGAAAUAAAAUAUCGUACUUAUUUAUAAAUACAUUUCCGACUAAAUUUAUUUUCUAUUGAGUAUACUCUAUAAACUAUUAUAACGGCUGUUUUACUAGAAAAUCAAUAAUUUUACAUAUCUUCGAUGAUACUCCAAUACCGCGUAACUAACAGUUAUUACAAGAAAAUCAAAAAAGUUUACCUCGUCCCAUGAGGUCACCUGAGUGGACGUCAGAACCGCGGGUGCAACGGUCAUCUAGGAAUGUUUCCAAAACUGCAAAUCUACAUAUCAUACAGAAAGAAUGGUAGUUUUGUACUUUGCUCGUGAAUAUAAAGGAUUUUUCGAAGAAAAUUUGAACUUGAAAGUAAAUAAAUACUAAGUAAUAAA